CACGGUCCCUGAAUACAGCAUCAGGAGGGCCUGAUCUUGAUCGGACCGCCUUGUGCUGUUGGACUGUUUCCGGUUGUCAGCUGCGUGUCUGUGUACUCUCACAGUGUCAACGGCUUUCUGGGAUAAGUCUUACUGGUUUUCCCGUUUCAGUACACUUUAUUGAAACUUUAUUAGAAAAGCAGCUUCCGGGAUGAACGCGCUGCUGCGGCGGAGUGACGUGCGACGGGUUGGGACGUUGAGAGACAGGCUUCCAUGUGACGGCGCCCGCGGUGACCUUUGACCUCAGGAAAGUUGAACUAACGCCUCUGGAGCAGCGAAAACUGACCUUCGACUCCCACGCCAUGGUGACGGAGUUGGAGCGCAGCGGUUUUGACAAGCGGCAGGCGGAGCUGAUUGUCUCAGCUCUGGUCACUCUGACCACAGCCAACAUGGACAUCGUUUACAAAGACAUGGUGACCAAAGCACACCAGGAAAUUGCAGUGCAGCAGAUCAUGGCUCACCUGGACUCCAUCAGGAAGGACAUGGUGAUCUUGGAGAAGAGCGAGUUUGCCAACCUGCGGUCUGAAAACACGAAAAUGAAGCGAGAGCUGGAGCAGCUCAGAAACCGCCUGCAGGAGGAGACUCAGAAAGUCCGAGCAGAAACCAAACUGGACAUCAACCUGGAGAGCAGCAGGAUCUCCGACAUGUUUACUGAACAGGAGAAGAAGCUGAUGGAGGCCACCACUGAGUUUCAUCAGAAGAAAGCCGACCUGGAACACGACAACAUGGAGAUCAACAAGAAGAUGGACCUGCAGGUGGCCUCACUCAAAACCAUCCUGGAGUCUCUCAAACUGAAGACCGUCCGCUACCUGGCAGCGACCGUGUUCUCCUGCCUGGCCAUCGCUCUGGGAGUCUACCGCCUGUGGAGGUGAACAUCGGACCACGAACCUAAACGUGUAACUCGUAUUCAUCCCCCACACAAAGUACAGUGAGGAUGAUGAGCUAAACCAUGAGUGUGAAAUAUUUAAGUACAUUUAAUCAAGCACAGUGAUAAGGUAUUUGUGCUUUACCUGAGUAUUUCCGUUUAAUUCCUCAUCACUACAGUUAAGAGGGAACGGUUCAGUGGUGGACGAAGUCCUCAGAUUAUGUACUUCAGUAAAAUUAUGAUGACGAUGAUAAAAAAAUACUUAAUUACACAUAAAUGUAUUGUGCUCAGAAAAAGAAUAAGCUUACAA